AUGUGCAAGGAAAAAUCUAAAGUCGAUCCACCAAUAAUUCUGCCUUUUGCACCUAUUGAAGACGAGCCAAUGUCGUCUUUGAAAGUUGAAAAAGCUAAAAUUACUUCAACUGAUACUUCACCUCCAAUACCGUCACUUGUCAGUGAGGAGAAACCCAAAGAAAUAGUUUUACAACCUACUGGAAUUACCGGGAGUGCUGAAGAAAGAAACCUGACACGACAUCACCCCGGUCACUUUCGCGAUGAUCCGGUAGCUUUUAUGAUACAAAUGGGCGCCUUCUAUCAAGGAACGGGUUGGAGAAGUUACAAAAAUUAUAUAGGAACAAGGAUAUUAUACGAGGGAUAUACAGAAGAAGUAAAGGAACGGGUUCUUAAUAGUGAACGCGUUCUUUACAUGAUUGCUUAUCUGGCCGAAAAGCAGGCCAACCAACUUGCACAAUCAAUACCAAAUGCUACAUCAAAGAUGAUUGCAAAAAGGAAAAAAUUACUAGAAAAGGAAUUACAAGCUGUUGCAAAUGGGAUGGUUGAUAAAUUAGUUGCAGACCUUAAUAGUUUGCGGUUUAUUAGACUUUUCGGCUUUUUUGUAAAUAAUAUACUAGUAAGAAUGUAUCAUCAAGGAAUUCACAUAUCAGAACGCGAGUUUCUUGAGGCAAGAUCAAUUAAACUUUUAUCUGUUAUUGCUGCUCAAAAUUCACAAUCUCUUAUUAUCCUUCCAUGUCACAAAUCUCAUAUUGAUUAUCUCGUCAUAUCAUAUAUAUUUUUCCGGUUGGGACUUGCUCUUCCACAUAUUGCCGCAGGCGAUAAUCUUGAUCUACCAAUUGUUGGUAGAAUACUUAAGCAAGGUGGUGCAUUUUAUAUUCGGCGUUCUUGGGGAGAAGAUCAACUAUACGGUAGUGUGGUAAAAGAAUAUGUUGAGGGCUUAUUGGAACGUGGUCAUAAUGUUGAAUGUUUCAUAGAAGGUACAAGAAGUAGAACUGGAAAAUUGCUACCACCAAAGUUGGGUGUUCUAAAAAUUAUAUUAGAAUGCAUACUCUCGGAAAGGGCAAAAGAUUGUUGGAUUGUUCCUAUGUCCAUUCAAUAUGAUAAAGUAAUCGAGACGGAAACCUAUGUUAAUGAACUGUUAGGAAAUCCCAAAGAGAGAGAAAGUUUAUGGGGUAUAGUCACCAAUACAAGAUUAUUACAGCUUAAAUGGGGUCGAAUUGAUGUGCGAUUUGCCAAGCCAUAUUCGCUCAAAGGGUUUAUUGAAGAACAGAUUGUGAGGAGAAAGUCUUUUGAUCCAAAUAAUGAUCAGCAAAAAGUUACUUUGUUGAGAGCCCUUGCCUAUCAGGUUAUGUCAGACAUUGGAGUUGGUAGAAAGGAGUUAAUUAGACGUGUAGAAUGGUUAAGAGCCGCGAUUUUAGCUAAGGGAGGACGAGUAGCAGAUUUCAGUGGUAUGAGCAUUGGAGACAUCGUUGAUAGAGCGAUCAAUGUAUUAAAGGAUUUGAUUAAAGAACGAAAAGAGUUGCUGGAGCCAGUUUUUUAUGCAGAAAAAAGAUUUGAAUUAAGUUUUUACCGCAAUCAGGGGGGAGCAAAAUCAACACAACGACUUCAUAUAUCUACACUUUUGGAUGAAGUGGCAUUUUUAUCUCAGUUGUUAAAGGUUGAAUUUGUAUAUCAACCUGGUGAGAUCGAUACAAAUUUGGAAAAUACGAUCAAAGGAUUAAUAGAUGAUCAAGUCAUGGAACUCGUAGAUAGUUAUGUUCAAUUGUCUGAUAGGGAAAGAGCAAUUGGACGAGAGAAUUAUGACUUUUACUGCUUCCUAAUAUGGCCUUUUAUUGAAACAUAUUGGUUAGCUGCCGUCAGUCUAUUCUCGAUGACGCCAACUAAUCCUCCACAACCCACAACAACAAAUGUAAACAAAGCUGCAGCAAAAGAAUCUGUUCCUAUUACAUGGUUCAAUGAACGAGAUUUUCAUAAUAAAUGUCAAUUAUUUGGUAAAACGUUAUAUUAUGAAGGAGAUUUAUCAUAUUUUGAAGCUAUAAAUAAGGAAACUUUAAAAAAUGCAUUUAUUAGGUUGGAAGAAGUGGGACUAAUAAUGGUAAAACGUAGUCGAAACACAAAAGUAAUGCCAACAGUUGCGUUACAUCCUGACUAUGUACCAACAAGAAAUUCAGAAGGAGCAAUAGAAACAAAGGGUAAAUUAUGGGAUCUAGUUGAGAGGAUUGGUAAAUUUCGUAGAGAAGGGAAAAAUCGUAGAGAUAAUGCUACAGUAAGUUCGCGUGUCUUAAGAUUAGCUGAAAUGGUGGGUGCACCUACCACAGCUGACGUCGUUGUGAUGACUAAUUUAAUGAGUAGACCAGUUAAAGCUGGUAAACUGGAAGCAAAACUUUAA